GCCGACCAUCGACAAGACCUCGGGAACAUGUCUCUAUGUUCUGCGCGCCGUGGUUUCCCUGUAAUGGUGUACACGCCGACCGGCUUCGAGAAAUACUCGUGCACCUACAACGUCGGCGACUACAGGAUACACUUCGUGGUCUGGGACACGUCUGGCACGGUGGCCUACGACACGGUGCGACCGCUGGCCUACCAGGACUCCAAGGUGUUCCUGCUGUGCUUCCGGGUCAGCGACCCCGACUCCUUGGACAACGCCGUCAACAAGUGGUACCCAGAGAUCCGGCAACACUGCGACAACACGCCGGUGAUCCUGUGCGGCUGCCAGGCCGACAUGAGGAACGACAUAGAGACCAUAUCCAGCCUCGCCAAGGUCCGCAGGAUACCGGUCACUUCCGAGCAGGCGGUGACGGUGAGCCGGACGGUGGGCGCGACCACCUACGUGGAGACGUCGGCCAAGGCGUCGGCCAAGGCGGUGCGCGACGCCUUCGAGGUGGCGGCGCUGGCGGCGCUGGGCAAGCUCAACAAGAACCACGCGGCGCUGCAGCGCCACAAGGCGUACGGCCACCACGGCGGCGGCGGCGGGGGCGGCGCCAAGAGCAAGCUGGACCUGCGCGCUGAGCUCAAGGACCGCGCCAAGAGCUGCUGCCUCAUGUGAUGUUGCUGCGGCUCAUGACCCAGAUGAGCUGCAGCCGACCCGGGCGCCGCCGAGUGCUCCGACUAGAGACCAAUAGCUCGUGCCCGCGCUCGGCGGACUCCUGCCCCCAACCGAACAAACUGUCGAGAAGUUUCUGAAAUGUGUCUUAACCUCCAAGUUGGUGUUAGUGAGAUAGAAACAACCAAGUGUCAUUGCUGAACGUGUUUACACAAGUAGAAAAUAAUUAUUUUGGCGACAUUAAGUACGAGGACUACUGUUUUUACUCUCAAAGUUUUCACACUAAUUAUUAUUUAUUAUGAACGACCAUAGCACUAUCAUGGAAAAUAUUAAACAUCAAAUAUCACAAUUUAAAUAAAUCAACUAAAAUCUGUUUUGGUAGUUUAGCCUACUUAAGAACUAGAAUUUGUUGAACUCUUCACAUCAAAAUUAUUGUUACAUGACUUGAAAAGAAAAUAUGCUUUCAUGUUACACAAACUUAUAUUCAAUUGUAAUUUGUAUACAUAUUUGUACCACGUACUAUCCUAAUGAAAAGUGUGACAACUAAAAUUGAUUGCUGUUACUGCUGUGAUUGCUGUUCAGUGUUUUGCAUUUUGCUGUGUAUUCACAGUCUAACUUUACGAGCAUUUCAAAUGUAUUAUACCUUAUAUUCUAAUUUAAUGCACUGCUAAUAUUGAGAAAACUUGCAAAAAUUAGAAUGCUUUAUUUUAAAAUAAAUUGUAUUUAAAUUUUUAACAACUUUUCAAUCAUUAUUAUUUUUUUUAAAUUUACCAAGAGCAUUAAAUGACAAAGUAAAAAUAAACUAAUACUUUUUUAUUGAAAUUAGUUCGUUAAGUACGUGGUCCACAUUUCUGCAAAUAGCUUUUUGCACAGAAAAUUGUUACCAAUUAAUUUUUUUUUCCCAGAAACACUUGCAUAACAUCCGUCAGAGUUACUUUAUAUUCGUAUCAAUGUAGCAUAUCAGUGCAUUGUGUAAAGACAUCUAAAACCUUCAGUAAAACAGAGUGUAAUCACAUGUGUGGAUCACAGGGCAGAAAACACUUCUCGGAACACAGACUCGAUGCUCAGUAAUAGAGCCACGACCAUCUCGUGGAUUCAUUGGGUAGUGAAGUAGACUUGAAGCACAUAUACAUCUACUUCACACUGACGAAAACUCAGUCAGUUAGAAACAAGGAUGAGAGGAUACUCUAUCACAUGUAACUCGUGUUCUCGACCAAUGAACAUUCUUAAAAGGCUUGAUUAUGCAUAGGCAAGUUGAGUCUAGCCUGGAAAGAAAUGAAUCCACCAAAUAAUCGUGGCUCUAUGCAUGAAUAAAUUAUCAAUACCAAUCAUUUGAACGUGGCAUCUUAGCGCUUCUGGCCAAUGCCCUGUGAAGUAAAAGACUCAAUUUAUGGAGACUGGAAAAUAUUUGCGGAUUCACUUUGAGAUAUGCUAGAAUCAAAACAAUUUUACCUUCAUGCUGCUUUUGUGAUUGGUCAUCAGUUUAUCUGGAGGACUCUGAGCCAUAGGAAAACAUUCAACAAAAGAAAUAUUGAAUCGCAGGCAUCCCAGUUAGCGGGUCUCACAAGCCAAUAGCCACGAGCAGGUGUAAUUUGCCCAAGUGCAUUGAGGAUUGUGGAGUCCAUCCUAGUGGUCAUAGAGAUCACAAAUUUUUUCCAGUUCCUAUCCAUAAACAGUAAAGAAAGGGCAUUGGAGAGAUAGGGUUGAUAAGGGAAAGGUGGAGGAGAAAAAGAGGAAAUUCUUAGUCUAUGAAUAAAGAAACCAAUUGAUCAACCUAAGAUUGUGAUCUUUAUUUAGUUCAGGAAAAAUGGUAUGGCUAAAACACCAGGAGCUCUGUCAUGUAGGCAUUCAAUUGGUAAAUUAUGAGUCGAGUGUAAUUAUUAACAAUGUUGAGAAAGGCGUGAAUAUGUUUUGAUGACACAGCCCGAGUAAGCAGACGUUCUGCAGUGUGCAGAUAUUGUGUAUAAAAUUCAGAAUGUUCCAUGAAAAAAAAUUUUUAAAAAUAUAUAAAUUUUAUUGCUACUUGAGUAAAAAAAAAAAGUGUACUAAUUGCAUUAUUUUAAUUUUAAUCAGUUUACAUUUACCACCCAAUAUCUUUUGGGUGAUAAAUUGCACUGAAAGAUUUGUGAAAUUUGAUUAGGCGAAGAUUUACUCUGUAUUUGUUGAGGAUUUCUAGAAAACUAAGACAUAUGUACUCGAAAGAAAGAAAAUUAGCCUCUUGAAAAAAAGAGGGCCUAAGUUAACCCGGGUUUGAGCCACAUAUACAAACUGAUUUUAUUGACAGAGCGCCUUGUUAAUACCUCAGUAGUUCCAAGUCAGCCAUGAUCAUAACUCUAAUUGAAAUUAGUCAUUUUGGUGCCAAGCCUUGCUGGAAAAUGUACUUGUAAAACAUAAUUACUUAUUUGCAUUAUCAAUAAUUUAUUUUCUUAAAGUCCAAUUAGCCCCAAGCAAAUUCUUUAAGUUACUUUCAAAAACAUUGUUUUUACAGUUUGAUAUUAUGCAUGUAAGGUGGUAUUAUUAAUUAUUAAUUACAAAGAGUGAUAACAGCUGUAUUCUAAAAUAUUGUGAAAAUUAAUAGUAAUAACAAAAUGAUUUCUAGAUUGUUGAAGGAGAUUGAUUUUUGUAAGCAUUAGGGGAGCAAGUCAAGACUAUUGCUGUACAUACUGUGUUUUGUAAAUUAUAAUAUGGUGUAAAAACAUGUAUGUAGAUGUCUUGUUACCUAUUUGUAACUGCUUUAAAUACUCAUAAAUGAUAGUUUGCCUUGAGGUGAACAUCUUGUUACUGAACAGAAGGAAAUCUUGUUCUAAAGAUAAUUCUAGUUAUAUUAUCAAGAAUAUAUCUGAAUUGUAGAACACUAUUCAAUCCUUGUUCAUACGUAUACAUUCAGCAUUUUUAAGGCAUUUCAAGUCAAAAUAUCUUUUACAGCACAAAUGUUUCAGACACAUGUUUACAACUUUGUAGAAACACUUAAAUGUUUCAGUAAGGUUACAUUACAUUUAUGGAAUGUAUCUGGAACUCUUUCACUAUAUCACGUUUGUAAUAUAUACACUUUCCGGAUCCUAAUACAAUAUGUGCACUACCUUUCGUGCACAAAUAGUAAAAAAAAUGUGAAUGCUUUCUCAAUAAGCGCUAUAUUUCACUAGUGUGUACACAGAUUUAACACAAAGUUGUAAUGGCUAACAAAAAUUAUUUAGAUAUCUGCUUACCGAACACACUUAAUGAAAUUAAAUUAAUGGGCUUAAUGUCUGUCGACAUCGAAAGUAGGUUACUUCACACGAUGAAGCAAAGGUACCAUGUUCACUUAAAUAUGUCUUCCCAGUCACUCAAAACCAGUCUCUGGAAAUGUUUUGCUUCCCUUAUUUACGCCGCUCAGCAGUUCUAAGAUAUACUGAAAAAAAUGGAAAACAAUGACUCAUUUAUGGACAUGCGCAUAUGGACUUAACACUGCAAGUACUCAUUAUGUUGCUUCCUAAUCUUGCUUUUUGCAUUAAGAAUAGCUGAUUAAUUGCUAGUUUGACCCCCUGCACGUGGUAGCAAUUAUCAUGUACCUAAUGAAAGCAGACAAGCAGAAAGGAUUUUGUAAACAUGAAAGAAAAUUAUUCAGAAUUUGUUUUUAAUAAUAAUAAUUUUAAUCAUUACAAAUUUUCUAUACCUUACAAUUUAGUGUAGUUAUUAAUUAUUUUAAUUUGUAACAUUUUCCAUAUAUGCUUUAAAAAUACGGAAUAUUUUAUAUUUUAAAUACGUCAAUACUAUUUUGAAAAUAAGGUGCAUUGCUGGAUGAAACAGGAUAUUUAUUAACUAAUGCAAUACAUAGUACAUUAUUGCAUUUAACAGAUAUUACAAGUUAUUCAGGAAAAAAAACAAAUGAAUUUACAGUAACACCUUUGCACCAAUAUAUUCAAUACAUCUUCCGUAUUAGAAAGGUACAAGAAAGUGUGCACAUACAUGCAGUAUAGGCAUCAGUUAUAAACCAGUUCAUCAUUAAAUUGUCAUAGGCUUCCUUGUGUCAUUUGAUUUACUGUUGAAGAUGCUAGAUGUUAAGAUAUUUAGCUCACACAGAUCGACAAGUAUUGGCAUUCAUCAAUUGAGUCUACAGCUGACUCCACUUGAUAGAGCGCUCGUAACAAAACACAAUAGAUAGGCUUCAGUGAUGUUUCCCCAUGUGAUAAUUCACUGACAACAAGAACAAAAAUAUAUUGAGUUCAGUUCUGCAUUAGGACCACAUGAAUCUUGUUAGCUAUGAAACUUUCACCUGGCUUUUGCACACCAAAUUGAUUCUAGUAACAUUUAUUACACCAUGCCCUUGAAAGAACUUUGUGAUUUAUGUUGCUCCAAUUAAAACUACUUUGCCCCCCCCCCCCCCCCCAAUUAUUUAAGUCUUUAUAACACAAAACCAUCUUAAUUUAUUUAAUGUCCUGAACCAAUCAGGGCCUCCUAGGAUAACAAAAUCAGAGCACAUUUUGUGCAUGAGCAAGGUUUUUACAUUAACUGCAUACUUUUAGGUAUCACCAUCCACUAUUUUAAAAACAGCACAAUUAUUACAAGCCAUCAUGGGUUUUCUCCUUCAUACAAAUUCCAAUUAAUAUAACUUUUGGUCUGAGAUCCUGUUACAUUCUUUCGUUUCCAAUACCAUGGUACAAACAGAAAUAUGCCAUCUUGGUUUCAACAGUUUAUGGGUCAUACUUUUUUUUUAAAUUUUCCUUUAUUAAAUUUUAGUUAUUGAUAUAAUUUAGUGGAAUCCCUGAAGUUCUGUGUGACUUGCUGCUACAAAUAAUUUUCCCGGAAAAGUCAUUGACAUAUAGUAUUUAGUUAGUUUUUGGGAUUACUUCAACAUAUAAAUUACUUUCUGUCAAUAGAGCCUAUGGUAUGGACUUUAAAUAUCUUUCUGUGUGUGAUAUCUGCCUUAAUGAAAGCAAAUUUUCAAUAUUAAAAGAUAAAAAAUUGUUAUGGCAUGAAAACGUUUGAAAGCAUUAUGGCGUAUUUUGGUUCCUACCUAUCCCCCUUAACCCUGAAUUUUUUGGAUAGUAAUGGUUAGAAUUCCAACAUCUAGAGAACCCAUUCAAUUAAACUUUCUAACGUCCUUAGAUGCCGAUAUGUCGUGGUGACAGUCUGACCUCGGCGUCUUCUAACCAGCUCGAUGGGGUCAGUCCUCCUCUCCCCUUGUGUGACAUGCUGCGUAAGCAUAGGUGCGGAUUCAACACUCGCGAGUCUGUUGUAGCCUCGAGCCAUCGUCUUAACUCACCCAGCAGCCUCGAGCCAUCGUCUUAACUCACCCAGCAGCCUCUGGAUCACCUCAAUAACAUCUCAUCCUAUCACCUUAGAUCCCAGCCUAGUCCUCAUUUUUCUUCUGUCCCGUCUCCCAGUAGCCUUUGAACCACCUCGAUAACAUCUCGUCCUAAAACCUUAUGUUCCAGCCUGGUCCUCGUUCCCCUUCCGUCCGUAUCCCGGGGAACGUGUAACAAAACAGCUUCUGGGAUUUAGAGGGGCGCCACACUCUUCUACCAAAAUUAUUCUAUGCUCUUACAGGAGGUGAGUAAAAUACCCACCACCACGCAGACUACAUCAAUAAGGAUCGUAGGCCUUCGCAGCUAUUGUCAGAUGUUUCUUUGCUUGUGGGUUUUAUCCAUGUACAAAUUGAAGAGUUCACAAAUGUUUUGUUUGACAUAGCAGUCGCCAUCAUCACGGUAAAAAUCUAAUUAUGAGACUAAAAGUGCCGAUCCCCAAUCCAGCUUUAAACAGAAGGAAGUUUAUUUAUCGGUACUAUCUUCUUCCAGAUUGAAGUUCUUAUUAUUUCUCACAGAUGAUGCAGGAUCUCUAUAUUGUAGUUGGUUUCAUUCAAAUUUUUUCAAUACUAAAAACCAACCCUGUCACCAAUAAUCACCCACAUUCUGAUGGAAUGCACCAGCUCCAUUGCUCACCAAACAAACCCAGUCAAACAUGGCUCUGAAUGUAUUCAGCCAGAGGGUUGCCCCAUCUGUAUGAUUACUGUAACCGGAUGAAGCCGAUUUUUUUAUCAACUCAUGGUCUACACCACAUUGGUAAGACUCCCAAAACAUUGGCUUAAGUGUAGUUUUAAAUGACUGUAUUUUAUAAAAGUGACCGUGUUUAAUGACGGAGAUUCUGAUUCAUACUUGCUAACCAUCAUCAGAUGUGGUCAAGCACCAUUCCCACAAUGUUUUGGGCGUGACGACACAGCGAUAGCGAGGUAAAGAACUGACUUCAAAUACGUCUCAGAAUGCUGUCUCCUGACAAUUCCUAACUUUCUGUAUUCAGUGUUGAGGUUGACCCUUCAUUGUUAUUUUCCAUGAAACUUGAUCCACAUUGUAACCUUAUAUUUAAUCCACUUUAAAGUCAUGUAACCAGGAAAUGUGCCGUAACCUCAGCACAUCUUAAGAGGCGAGCGUGCCACACUGGGCAGUCGACUUGCAACCCAACAUUAUUGGUUGGCCUGAGCUAACCUUACGCCCUCCGGACGUCAGCACUCCCAAGUUUCCAGUACUACACCAGGCUCAGACUGGGACCUGAAAAGAUACCCGGGUGCUGGCACUAUGCUAUAACAUAACAAAAUACUUCUCCAAAAACAUUUACCUAACAUUUAGUGACACGCUUCUCUUAGACAGCGCAAGGGGCUAGGCAAUGAAGGUGUUACGAUAAAAAUGAGAUUUUUAAGGUAAACAGAGGUAAAAAUUAAUAUUCUUGUAAAAUAUCUCUUAAAUCACACCCACACACCCUUACUUUUCGACACACCAAAGCAAACAGCACUGCCAUAUAAAUGCAUCGAUAGAUUCCUGCAACAUUAACAGUAUUUUCUAGCACUAGGAUGAACUUCAUACACUUGUACACAAAUAAGUCGGUGUUUAUUGUCUACUGGCUGCUGCCACAUUUCACCUUUCGGCCAGAUUGCAUGUCAUUGGGUCAUUUUAAUUUUGUAAUUUUUGUAUUGGUUUCUAACCAUUCUAAAUGUAUCAAAAAUACCUAACGGUCCAAAGAGAAAGCAGUUGAAGUGUAUAAUGGUAUGCAAUCCAGCCUCUUUUCAGAUAGUACCGCGAAUUUUGUGGGUCUCUAUUCAUCACAUUAUACCCUCAUCCACUAGUAUGUCAAAACUUUCGCAAAAUUGUAAAAUAACACCUCUGAUAGUACAAUGCGUUAAGUAUCAUAGCCAAGAGUGUAAAUAGUUUUUUUGACCGACCCUGGAAAUAGAAACCCAUUUGGCAGUUAAUAAAAUAUGCAGAACAAAUUCAUGUACCUAGGGGCAUUUUUAGAAAAUCAUGAGCAUUAGAUUCUGCCAGCAUCAUCAUUAACUAAAUCGAAUUGGUUUGUAUUACUGCCAUAUCACAACUGAAUGUUACAAAGCUGGUUGAUCUUUUCUGUUUGAAUCACAAAUUUUCCAGUAAGCAUUCACAUUAUUAUAUGCACCUACUUGUAGCUUCUCUCUGUAAUAUCAGCCUAUAUGAUACUACUUUUGAAACCAUCGGCAUGCUUCAGUCUGUAAUAACUGCAGCGUUGCUUUUGCUAUAUCAUUUUGUAAAUAAUGUAUAGGUUGUUGUUGAUUGUGAUAAGAUUGUAAAUAAAAUGCACAGUUAUUUACAUGUUGCAUCAUAAAAAAAAGGUAGAUAUAGUGUUUUCAUACAAUUAUUGUAAAUCCAGUUGCUGGGAAAAUGUCUUGCUAUUAAACUUAGAAAUAUGACAAUAUUGUCUGAUUUUGUUUGUUAACUGUAUAGAAAUAACUGUACAUAGUUAUAUAUAUAGUUUGUAGUCAGUUGUGUGAACAUCUCAAUGUACAGUCUUUUUUUUAAUGUUAUUGUAUAUUUUAACUAUUACAAUAAGUGAAAAGUUAAAAAUAAAUAGUGCAUAUAUUUAUGCUUUUGGAAGUAGCUUUUGCAAGUUUUUACUUGUGAGAUGGAGACAUCUUAAAAAAAAGAAUAAAAAUAAAAAUGUAUUGAAUUAAAUUGCAACUAACUAAACAUAGACAUGAAAAUUAACUAUUUUAAAUAAUAUUUUGUACCGUGUUUAUGAAAUGUUUGUGGCUAAGCCAAUUCAUAUUAUUGACAGUGAAAUUUAAUGUACGGUAUCCACUCUGAGAAUGUGUGUUCAUCACAUCUGUGUAUACUGUUCCACUACCAAGUAGAAAGACAAUAUUUUUAUGCAUGUAUUUGUUGAGUGUUGUAGUUUCCAUAGUUUAUGUUGAGAGUACUAUAUAGUGUAAAAAAAAUGAACAUUUUUCAUUUGUUACCAUUUCAACGUGAAGAGCCUGUUUGUUGUAAAUGUCACGAACACAUUGUCCACAUUCAAAGGAAUUUUUUACAUUCGCAUGAAGUGAAAUAGAACUUCUUGAAUUUAAAUAUGAUAUUCUCUUUAUUGAUUCAUACACACUAUUUCAAACUAUUCAUAACUUGCUUACAUGACCCAUAAUUUUACUGCUGCACCAUCAUAUAUAUAUAUAUUUUUUUUUUUCAAUUAAAAAGCUGUGCCAUCCUUAAUGCAAAAUUAUACAGACAUUUGUAUGGUAUAUUUAUUUUAUUUUUUUUAGACCCAAUACAAAAUUUUUAUUUCAUAUAUUUUACCAACUGUAAAAGAAUGAUGAAAAAUCAUGUUAUAGUAUUCUAACAGCAAAAUAAAUUAAAUAUUUUACCCAUCAUAUAGCCUAUCAGCUAUCAGUAAUGACCACGGCGUAAUCUUCAAGUAGAUGAAUAGUUACGGCUCAAUCUCAUUUUACUAUUAUUUAAAGGACUAUCCUGCCAAUUUGUUUUCUCUCACUUGUAUUUUUUGUAGGGUCACAUAUUUUCUCACCGGAUAUUUACUAAACGUUAUUUUCGAAUCGUAAAAGGUCACACCGACAUUUUCUUCAUCAAUGAUUUCCCAGCUGUUCCUUGUUUCAAACAUGACUGCAUUACUCACCUCUGGAUGUUGGUCUAAUCACAUGCUAGCCUGACACAAAAAAAAUUUGUAGUGUUUCUCGCAUGAGCUCAAGAGUGGGCCUACAGUGCAUUCGUGUGCAAACAUUUUUUUUUUUUAAAUAGGUUCUUGAUAGAAACCACUUCAUGUUACUGCCAGUCGCGUCGUAAUUUCCAAAGUUUCAAUAGAUCGCCUCAAUAACUUGAGUCGCUAGACGCACAGCACUGUUGAUUUGAAUGCACAAAGCACCCAAAGCUAUUUAUUUAUUUAAAUGCAAAUCACUCUGGGCCCAUCAAAAGUGUGGUUUAUUUGAA